UGGUUGCGACAUUGGCAAAGCUCUUCUUCCUUCCUCUCCGCUGUUUCCGCUGCGUUCGCGUGCAAGUUCCUGCCAAAGCCAAGAGAUUGCUACUGCGUCGAGUCGAGGAGCCAUUUUCCUUGCAGCCUGCAUAGCGAAAGAUAAAGGCAGGCAGGGCAGGCAGAGAGAGAGAGAGAGAGAGAGAGAGAGAGAGCGAGCCGCAGCGGCAGCUUUUGCACGCCCGCGGCACAUCUUUUUAUCCCCGCUAGCUAGUUCGUCUCUUGUGGCCUUUUCCGGGUGCCGUCGGGCGAAAUGUGAAUAUGUGAUGAUGAGUUCUCGUGGCGUCCGUCGAUCUGUUCGCCAUUCUCCCAUCAUCAUAGUUCCCUGUCGACUGUCGUCCGUCCUUGGCGCAUUUGUUCUCGUCCUCGGGGGAGCGAGAGGCGUGUGGGGGUUCGCGCUUCACGUGUUGAUUCCUCGCGCUCCCGCACUGCCUCCUCGUCGGAUUUCGUGAUGUGGAGGCCGCUUUUUGGACGCAGCUGAUCAGUUGUUGUAUUUUUCUGUUCCGUUCUCCCCGCUCCUGCCUUGUCCGGAGGAAAUUGUGAAUGAAAGGGGCUCAGGAUAAGAGGCACAGAAAGAAGCAGGACCUCCAGGUUCUCGCGCCCUUCCCGGGAUGCCUGGGGAGGAUGAUCAACAUGUUCGACCUCAGCAACGGCGUGGUUGCCACCAAGAUGCUCACCGAGAAGGCACAUAGAGAUGUUUCUCCAGCUGGAAAAGACCGGAGUAAUACUUUCAAGAUGGCAAUUAACCCCCCAGCUCAGACUGAAGAUAAACAAAGAGAUAGUCAGACAAGAAGGAAUUCCCCUACUAAAAGAUCAAACUCGCCUACUAAAAGAUCUGGUGGGACACCUGUUAAGAUGCUCAUGGAGCAGGACAUGUGGAAAGAAGGUGUGCCUGAUGACGAGCCACUGAAUGUUGUUGCAAGAUUAAUGGGUCUACAUGACCCUCCAGUUCAGCAAUCCAAUUUCCCUUUAGGAAGACAAUUGGAUAAGGAAUAUCAGUUUGGUGGUUUUGAAGAGAACUACCGGAAUCUCAAGCCAAAGAAGGAAAGCAGAUGCCAUCAAAACCAAAAGGCAGGGCCACGCCAUCAGCACACUUGGAAUGGUUUUGGUGACCAACCAUCAAGAAUCAAUAGCAGCCAGAGCAAGCACCAAGGAAAUGAGCCUUGUUGUGAGAAGAGGAUGUCACUUGUUCGUGAGAAGUUUGCUGAAGCGAAGCGUCUAGCCACGGAUGAGAAGCUUCUUCAUUCGAAGGAGUUCCAAGAUGCACUGCAGUUUUUAAGCUCAAAUAGAGAGCUCUUCUUGGAGUUCCUUGAUGAGCCAAAUCCUCUGUUAUCAAGCAACCGUUAUGAGUUCCAACCUGUUGCACCACAUUCUGAAGUGAAGCAAAUAACCAUACUGAAGCCAUCAGAACCAACAAAGAGAAAAGGCAGCAUCCUUAUAGGGAGACAACUGUUUUCAGAUGGAGAUGAAAGUGAACGUAACAGAUACAGGCGCCAUCAGAGUUUAGAUGUUUCCCCAGCAAAUUCAAAUUUGUCUGAGCCAACAAAAAUUGUAGUACUAAAGCCAGGACUCUCCAAUUCUCAUGAUUCCAGGAUUGCGAGGUCUUCAUUAUCAUCUGCAGAAGACAGUGAAGAUGAAAGUAUGAUGACGGUUGAUGAAACCGUGUGCUCAAGAAGAUUGGCAAAGGAGAUCACUUGGCAGAUGAGGAUGCGGCUAAAAGACAAGCAAGACGAAGAGAGCAUGCUCUCACGUGAAUACCCUGACUUUUAUAUCGGAGAUGACUCCUUCGGUAAAUCAGAAGUUGAGAUUGCAAAAGAGAUGUCUGGUGAAACAAGUGAGGAAUUGGAGUUUGGCACUCCAACUUCUGGGCGUUCUUGGGAUUUUCUGAGUAGAAGCGGAAGUCCUUACUCUGCAUCAUGCUCUAGUCAGGCAUCCCAUAGAAGGGAACCAUCAGUAGUUAGGGAAGGAAAGAAGAAGAUUUUAGAGAGAUGGUCUAUGGUAUCAUCCACAGUCAGUGGUGAAGAAGAAAUGGAAGGUCGCAGAAGUACAGGCACACUUGGUGACAUGCUCACAAUACCGAAAGUCAAGGACCAGGAAGAAAUUGGAGCUGAAACACUGGGGAGCCCAGCACUUGAGCUGGAACCUGAAGAGUCUUUCUCAUGUUUGCCAAGAUCUCGAUCUCUUCCACUUUCUUUGUCCUAUGGAGUCGCUGAGUCAAAUGGAUUAGCCUCUGGCACUCAGGAAGCUGAAAAGGAAAGAAUCAGGAAGUCAUCAUCAUUUAGGGAAAAAGUUUCUAGCCUGUUUUCUAAAAAUAAGAAAUCAACUAGGGAGAAAGUAGAUCCAUCUGCGAGCAAUAGACUCAAGCAUGGAGGGGCUGUGACUACUGGUGAUGUGAAGGAAGGCUGGAACCAUCUUGCCCUAGAGAAUCUUCAGAAACAAAGUACUUGUCUAAACACAGAUGAGAAGAACAAUGUGCAAGGACUCGUGACUAGUUCUUGUGAUACUAAUGAUACAGCUAAUAUCCCUGCCAAGGAUAUUUCCUCCAUUUCAAGUCUUGGCACCCCAGGAAUCUUUGGUGACCCUCAGGACCAACCUAGUCCUGUAUCUGUACUAGAUGGACCGUUUAUAUGUGAUAACAGGAGGCUACUGUACUCAUCUGAAAAUUUCAUAACUUCAUCCCCACAAGCUUUGUCGAGGUCUCCCCUGAUCGGAUCAUUUUCACGGUCACUGUCAUGGGAGGAUCCCCCGCUGGAAGUCAUGUCACCAAAUUCUUUGAGACUCUCAAGGCUUUUCUCAAAGGCUGAUGAAGAUCUAGAUUCACUGACGUUUAUCCAAAAGCUGGUCCACUCUUGUGGCAUGGAUCGAGAAAGUUGCGUAUUAGCUGACCCUUUGAACCCAAAUUUGCUUGAUAAGAUUUCAGAUUAUGAAGAAGAUGGAAUUAAGUUUGGGAAAAGGCGGUCAAAACAAAGGCUUCUUUUUGACGCUGUAAACGAAGCACUCACUGAGAUUGCUUCGAUGGCGGAACUGGCUGCAUACCCCUGGGGUAGAUCAUGCUCUUGGGAGCACAGGGAUUGCAAGAAUGGUUCCAGUAAUUCAGCGGCUGAGGAAAUUUGGCGGGUCAUUAGGAACUGGUCGAUACUUGAGAAGUAUCCUCCCGGCGAAGCUAUUGAAAGAAAUCUCUUGCUGGAGAUGAUACUCAAGAGGGAGGUGGCUGAGCCAGCCAGCGCUGACACAACUCGGUUAGAGAUGUUUGAUCUCAACGCCACGGUCUGCGCCAUGGUCUUGGAGGACCUGGUUGAAGAGACAGCUGUAGAUCUGACUAACUGCUAGUGAGUGUCUGUUGCUGCUGAUGCAGCCAUUUGCUGGAUUUGGAGUGGAGUGCUUGGUCAUUGCCAUGGGAUCCAAUCCAAAGCCUGAAGAAGGCUGAAAGGCUAUCAGUUAUUGUCAUGAAAUCUGCCUUCCCCCUGCAGCCGCUGCCGCCAAAUUGCUGUAGUUUUUUGCGGUAUGAUAUGAAUGAAUGCCAUGGGCUGCUUGCAUGCUUUGCUAUUGAAAAGUAGGUUGGUAGGUACUACUAGUACGUUGGUACGUACUGCCCCUGUCCUGUGGGCCUGUGUUGUAUAGUUGGUUGGUUGGUUCUUCUCGUCCAGAUUGCAUGCACGCAGUGUGUGUACAGUGACUGACUGACAGGUGUUGAUCGAGCAACAUUGAUGAAUUGGGGGCUGCCAUGCCACUGCCACCACCUCCACGACGGCUCACAACGGUCUCUGGCCGACCUCUGCCUGCAUGCUUUCUCACCGGUCCUUGAAGCAUGCAAGUGUAUGAUGACUGAUGAAUGAAAAAAAAAAAAGGAAAAGGAAAAGGGUGGUUGUUGCUUGUUUGAUCUGCCAUGGCGUUUGGCAAGCAGACAAUUCAUCUAGUAGAUACUAGAGUUGAUGAAAUAUUCAUUCAUAA